CGCCGGUGAAAUAAAUCGCGAAGCAUACCGCUCGAUCGUGCAAGCAACGAUACAUCCGGCAUUACAUUCAAUCACAACAAUGGACUCGGACCGUUGGCUGACACUCGAGAAACGUGAUGUAACGUUACGCGUGUAACGUUCGGGCCUAUUGACACCGGCAUUGGAACGCUAUGGUGUGUCUGUAAUCCAAUCGUCAUGAAUGUGCUCGAACAACCGCUAUCGAGAAACGUUUGACAGCUGUUUAAGGUUCAGCGUGAUGUGCACUGGAUUAUUUUUUCCGAGCGUGAGAAACGUAGUUCUCCACGAUAUCGCAAGGCACGACGAGUGAUUGGCAAUGAAACUACUACGUGGUUUUGACGCACUGCAACGCGAAUGUGCCGCGGCAUAAUCGUACACCCUGAAUGUUUUCCUUGAUUAUUUUUACGUGCGAGGCUACGAAACAGUUCGCGAUAUAAUGGCAGCUCAUAAGACAGGCGGGCAGAGCGCCCGAAAGAAAGUUCAGGUGUCCAUGGUUAUUAGAGACGAAGUGGAAAAAAGACACAGAGCAGGAGUUAAUUCUUUACAGUAUGAUCCAGCUUUGCAUAGGCUUUAUUCCGCAGGUAGAGAUAGUAUUAUAAGGAUAUGGAAUUGCAAAAAUAUGAAGGAACCAUAUAUUCAAUCGAUGGAACAUCACACAGAUUGGGUCAAUGAUAUAGUAUUAUGUUGUGGUGGCAAAAAUUUAAUAUCAGCCAGUUCUGAUACAACGGUAAAAGUCUGGAAUGCGCAUAAAGGUUUCUGCAUGUCCACAUUACGGACACACAAAGAUUAUGUAAAAGCUCUAGCGUAUGCUAAAGAUAGGGAGCAAGUUGCAAGCGCAGGUUUAGAUAAAUUGAUCUUCCUGUGGGAUGUUAAUACAUUGACUGCUCUUACAGCGAGCAAUAACACUGUAACAACAUCAUCCCUUAGUGGAAAUAAAGACUCGAUAUAUAGCCUUGCCAUGGAUCAGACUGGGACAAUUAUAGUAAGUGGUAGCACGGAAAAAGUUUUAAGAGUGUGGGAUCCAAGAUAUUGUUCGAAAUUGAUGAAACUUCGUGGUCAUAUGGAUAAUAUUAAAGCGUUAGUAUUGAAUAGAGAUGGUACUCAAUGUUUGUCUGCUAGUUCCGAUGGAACAAUUAAACUUUGGUCAUUGGGACAACAAAGGUGUAUUCAAACUUUUAGAGUACAUAAAGAAGGUGUCUGGGCGUUAUUGGCGACUGACACUUUUAGCCAUGUGAUAUCGGGAGGUAGAGAUAAGAGAGUUGUAAUGACUGAAUUAAGUUACCCUGAAAGAUAUACCGUUAUAUGCGAAGAAAAGGCACCCGUGUUAAAAAUGGCUAUGACACCCGAUCAGUCUAGUAUUUGGGUGGCAACUAGUGAAUCUACUAUAAAUAAUUGGUCGAUAAGUCAAAAGGAUUGGCAAGACUUUGGAAUCGGAGACUACUGUGACUCUGCCAGCGGAGUAACUUCAAAUGUUUUACGAAAUACAGAACCUGCGCAAAAGAUUUUGGGUGGUCCUGCAAUACGGCAUUACCGCGUGUUAAAUGAUCGAAGACACGUUUUAACAAAAGAUACAGAAGAGAACGUAGCAUUGUACGAUGUAUUAAAGGCAUGUAAAGUGGAAGAUUUAGGAAGGGUAGACUUUGAACAGGAAAUAAAGAAGAGAAAUAAAAUGGUGUAUGUUCCAAAUUGGUUCAACGUAGAUCUUAAAACAGGGAUGUUGACCAUUCAUUUAGGCCAAGAUGAGAGUGACUGCUUUUCCGCGUGGGUCUCUGCAAAAGAAACUGGUCUUGCCGAAAAUGAUGCGGUUGAUCCAAAAGUGAAUUAUGGAAAUCUCUUGCUACAAGCGUUGCUUGAACAUUGGUGGAGACCGCUGCACGCUGAUGAUGAAAACGAAGGUAUUAGUAACGAUAGCAAUGGUCCUAUACAUACAAAAGGAGGAAAUCCAUACUUCUCAGUACCUAGUCAUACGCCUGUUAUAUUUAGCGAAGUGGGUGGAAGGACUUUGUACAGAUUAUUAGUCAGAGAUGCCGCAGGAGAAACAGAAGGAGCUUUAUUAAACGAAACUGUACCAGCAUGGGUUGUUAACAUUGUUGUGGACAAAAAUCUUCCACAAUUUACUAAAACACCAUUUUAUCUUCUUCCACAUGCCACGUCUGGUGUAAAAAGUCUAAAGAAGGAUCGUCUAAUCGCAAAUGAUUUUAUACAAAUUCGUAAAGUGGCAGAACACGUUUGUGAUAAAGUGCUUGGUGCAGGAAGUGACUCAGGUUCGGUAGCAGGUGCUGGAAACACGGUAGCGGGUACUGGGAACACGGUUUCCGGUGUUUCCCCGGCAGGAGAUAGGACAAAUACAGAUUCGAACGCUGAUAACUCUUCGCUGGCCGAAGAAAAAGUGGAACUUUUAUGCAAUGAUCAAGUUCUAGAUCCUUCCAUGGAUUUAAGAACAGUGAAACAUUUCAUCUGGAAAAAUGCAGCAGACUUGACGCUGCAUUAUCGGCCUGUAAAAUAGUUAGGGCUGAGUACAUCAGAACAAGGAUCUCUGACAUGUGCUUGGUUUUUUACUAUGGUAAGAGUAACGGAAGACAUGUGGACUAGUUGCAGAGUGUGGCAACUUACGCUACCUCCUCUUCGCGAAAUGUUGAAUCGAUUUUCGAUGGACGUUUCGUUAGACGUUGCAACGGAAGACGAGUAGAGAAGCCAGGUUA